GCAGGGAGGGGCUGGCAGCAGAGUAACGGAAUCUCACCCCGCACCGCACUUCCGACAGACCAGUUCCUGGCGCUACCAUUCAACCUCCAAGUCCCAGCUGUCUUUUUUUAAAGCAGAGACCAGCCGGACUCACAAGAUGCAAAGAACACUAAUCUAAGAUGGUUUCAUACCAGGUGAGAGCAGCCCCGCGGCCGGGCGAGCUCUGCAGGGCGACAGCCCCGGGACACAGCGAGCAGCUGCCCGUGGGGGACAGGGGUACCCCGACUCCGCCUCCCACAAAAACAACUCCUGCUCCCGCUCUCCCCGGGGAGCCCGCAGGCCGAAGGACCCCGCUGCCGGCAGCCGUGACGGGGGCGGGGGGGCGGCCGGAGCCCGGUGCCUCAGCCACCAGCUGCGGGCCCGGCCUCCUGCCGCGGCGCACGGAGCGACCCGGCUGCUUCUGUCUCACCCGGAUCUUGCGGCUGAUCUCGGUGCCGAUCUCCAUGGCCGCGCCGAGCCUGCCCCGUCCCGGCCCGGCUCCCACCGCCGCCCGCGCGGGUACCGAGCGCCGCUCGGGCUCAGUGCGCGGCCUCCGCCGGCACCGCCCCCUGCCGGGCGGCGGCCGCACCGCCUGCACCGCGGCGGGAGCCCAGGGGAGCGCACGGAGCGGGGGCGGCCGCCGGGCCGGCUCUCACCGCCCCACAGGGAGAGAGCCGGCGUGCCGGCGGUGCCAACCACAACUGCGGGGUCGUUUCAGUGUUAGUGCUCUUCUCGAGAGCUGCACAAAUUAAAUACUCUUACCUGUUAAAAAACAAAUAAAUUAUGGUAUAGCUAUA